GAAGUCCGACAAAUUAUCUUUCUACAUUCCGUUAUUAUGGUGGCUGCAAUCUCUCCAUCCGAGCUCAAAGCCCUCGAGGCUUCGCUACUAAACGCCUCUGGAAACGUCCCACUUCAUAAUCGCUUUCGUGCUUUAUUUACGCUCAAGUCUCUCAAAAAUGAAGAUGCAGUCAGAAUUAUUUCUGAAGGCUUCAAAGAUCCGUCUGCCUUACUGAAACAUGAACUGGCAUAUUGUCUGGGACAGAUGAAGCAAACAUCUGCCCUUUCUACGCUUGAAUCAGUCCUGAAAAACCCUACGGAAGAUCCCAUGGUACGGCACGAGGCAGCUGAGGCUAUGGGAGCGAUAUCUUCUACAGAAUCCAUCCCAGUGCUUACCCAAUACUUAUCCGAUCCCAACAGGAGCGUACGUGAAACUUGUGAAAUUGCACUUGCGAAGAUUACAUGGGAUAAUUCGGAGGAAGGUAAAAAGCAUACUGUCACGGGUAAUUCAGGGAUAGAAUUAACCUACACGUCGAUCGAUCCCGCACCCCCAACGUCAGGCUUGCUUUCCGGUCAACCCAAGCCUGAGGAUACCACAGGAAAAAGUAUCGAUGCUCUCCGCUCAACUUUACUUGAUAUACAAUUACCCCUCUUCGAACGUUAUCGCGCUAUGUUUGCCCUGCGGAAUAUUGGUAGUGCAGCGGCAGUGGAUGCCCUUGCGGCUGGAUUCUCUGACGACAGUGCUCUUUUCAAGCAUGAGAUAGCCUUUGUGUUCGGACAAUUGCUUUCUGUACACUCGGUGCCUUCCCUCAUUAAAGUCCUACAAGACGGCAACGAGUCUGACAUGGUACGUCACGAAGCCGCUGAAGCACUCGGCGGUAUCGCCACACCAGAAGUACUGCCCCACCUCAAAGAAUGGAUGGUACGAGAGGAUUCUCCCCGUGUGGUCCGCGAAAGUUGUGAAGUUGCUAUAGAUAUGUGGGAGUAUGAGAACUCAGACCAAUUUCAAUAUGCCAACGGACUUGACGGCGCCCAAGUUGCUGUUUCUGCUGUUGGCGCAUAAGGUCGUAGUCGAUGUUUCAAGUUAUUCAGUAUUUACGUCUAGAAAUUCAAUCGAUCAAACUGUGGAUAUAUCGUAACAUGGUCGUUGUCAGUGUGCCGUCCAUGUUGUUACUCACCGUCUCGUAUACUCUGAUGUAUCGUUGAAAAUGUAAUACCAUGGGACGAGUAGUGAGUAGUUUGCAUUGACUUUUACUGCAGCAUAGCUAAAACAUCAGUGGCUCAUCAAAAAUGAUUUACAGUGACUAUCAAAUACAUUUUCGUGAUUAGCAUGGAUUUGACUAUUCUGUGACUACAAGACAACAACUCCCUCACUUACUAACUCGCCAUUUACUCGGUAUCAAAGACUAAAGCCCUGACUUCGAUUGACUGCCUGAGGGGUGCAUCACUGGGACUCGUAGAGUCGACAAAGGCCGAAUGAGGAGUCAAUCUGGCCUUGUCGACAUCGGAGUCGAAGCACUUGAUCAGUGUUACCUCGUCUGGACGCUGGUCCGCGAGGAAGUACCACUUAUGACCAGGGUUAUAACGAACGCUGAAAAUGGCUCCUUCACGAUCUGGGUAGAUAAGGCGUGUAGAUCGAUGGAGAAAUAAUCAGCAACAGCGAGUGGGUUAUGAGCAACGGGGUUUUCAAUAGGCCUCCAAACAUUGAUGAUGCGGACACGCCCUUUGAGGAGACGUUCAGCGUCGUCGCCGAGGUGACGAUAGACUCUUUGGACAGAAGCUUCGAAAGUUUGGUCGAUAUGUACACGUUGCACUGGGCCACGGGUGUUUUCUCCCGGCUGGUCCUUGUAGUUUCGCCUGACGUGGGAGUUAGUCAAGACACCAAAGUUCGUAACCAAAGAGGACCUCGCACCUUAUUGUGUGGUCAAAGAUGAAUACCUUCUUUGCCCCAGCUUCCUUCUUCAGUAAUUCCUCCACUUCUUUAUAGUACUUGACCUCAAUGGCCGCAUCAUCCAAGAAGUCCUUCUCUUCGCUCACGUGCUUAACAAACUGGAAACCGGUCUUGUCUAAACCGACGGUAUGCUCCUGGCCACGAAUGUCAUGAAUGACAGUAGGGUGCGAUUCUGCCCCGACGUUGCUCCUGAGUACGCCUGGAGGAGGAGCUUGGACGUAAUUGUAUGGUGCUUCAUCGUUGACCGCCGAAAAGUAGUUCAGGCUGGUGUGAACGUCGUGGGGAGCAAGAACCGCUGCUGUCGCCAUUGUUUAUUUGGUGAGGAAAUUGAUUUCUGAUGAGGGGUGACACGACUGAGUGUUUGUUACUGAACUGAGAACUGCGUUUGAUUCUAUUUCUUCCAUCCUUAUAUACCACCACGUAACUUGUAUCAUGGUAUCUAAAGCUCUUCUCCGGGGCUGCUUGCUAAGGAGCUUUGUAAUACCGUGAAUUGCGUUUUCUAGGUGCAUGGUUCUAUGUUAUUCCAAAUCGAGUUCACAUGUUCUGGCGCAAUCUCGUGGUUAAGUGGCGUGUUCCGGGCAUUAGAGCUAGCUAAGUUUCGCACCAAGCUGCAGCUUACUGAUGGUUC